AUGGUUAUUGGUUAAGGUUUCUUAUUUUGAAUCUGUUCGACAAGUUUAGUGUUUUAAUUUUAACGUCGAUUUGUCCGUACCUUUAAAGUUAAGAGCAACACUAUUUAUUUUUGUUAUAAAAUAAUCUCCGAAAUAUAAUUCUAGACUCAAGCUUUCAAAAUGAGACUUUUAAGCAAAUUAUUUUAUACAGUUCUUUCAUUCUGUUCGCUUGUUUUUACACUAUCUAGCCUUAUUACUUUCUAUAAAUUCCUCUCUGAUUUCCCAUCAAAAAUAAGCCUAGCAACCACAGCUCCUCAAUCAGAUGCAGAUGCUGCUGUGCCAAAUGCUGUUGAGGCAGUUGCUGUUGAUUUGUCUCUGCUGUGUGUAUUUAUCAUAUUACACUCGUCACUGAUUCCUCUCCACAAGGUCAUAUCUUCAGUGCUUGGAAUGCCAUUCCUAAAUAAAGUUUUUUACAGUGUAAUUUCGGCUUUAUCUCUUCAGCUUAUUGUGCGUUGGUGGAUGCCAAUCCCCGAGUUUACUUUUUGGAAUGUGGAUACUCAAGAUGUUGAUAAGCUGCGAUUCUUCACUGGUGUUCAUAUUGUCAGUUGGAUAUUGAUCUAUGCAAUGAUGAUUACUAUAGGUUUGCCAGAUCUGCUAGGAUUAAAGCAGGUCUAUUGUCACAUGACUGGGCGUUCAGAAGAGUCUACUAUGAAUUCAGAGCGUAUGAAACAUUUCCAUCAGAAAAUGAGACACCCAUCGUUCCUAGGAUUUGCACUCAUAUUUUGGGUUUAUCCUUGUAUGAGACUAGAUCGUCUGCUGUUGGCAACAGUGUGGACUCUGUACAUGCUGCUGGCCUGGCGACCCGACACUUACACUUUUAACUAUCUGGUGCAGCAAAACAUGGCUAAGCGGUCUGCCUUAUAAAGUCCUUCCACUUCACUUUCAAUCAUAAUCAAAGACUGACAAUAACAGUAUUCUAACUUUAAGAUUUACAAGUUUAUAACAUCAACUGCCUUGUAUAUUUUGCUAUGUUUCUAAAAAGAGACUAUGGUGAUUUGUUUAGUUAGAUUAACAAAUAGUAGGUUAAAAUUUGUUAAAUUAUUAACUUUGAAUUGUAGCCUACAAUCAGUUGUAGUUCUCGUUUUUAUGUGAGCUCCAUGUAGGUAAGGAUGUUAACUAUGAUGCACUAAUGUUAACUAAAUGUUUAAUUUUUGUAUUUUAGGGUAUAUUUUACAAUUUCUGCUUCACAGGAUGGUAAUAAUUAGAGAAUAAUGUAUGGUUUAAUCUACACAAUCCAGGCGCAACUAACAUUAAAAUUGUCUUCAGCUGUUCCUUAAGGAUCACAAAUAAUCUAUAAGGAUGUAUGUAUAAUAUAGGUACGUUUUGUUUGGAUCUUUUUUUAAAGUUCAAAAGAAAAUAAAUCAGAUUAAAAUAAAAAGGCUUUGAAUUUUGGCGAUAUUCAGUUACUAACAUCAUUGACCAUUGACUAUACACCGUCUCUGUGUAUAGUCAAUAGUAGUACCCAUUCCCAUGAGUCAUUAAGUUUUUUUAGAUUUUAAAUGGAUGUAGUUAAGUUGAGCUAAAUUUGAAAUCAACUUGUUAAUCAUAGCAUCUGUUGUGUCACAUAUAAUUAAUGAAACUAAAAUAUUAUUUUAAACCAAACCCCAUUCUGUGUGUGGUCGUGCAACUAUUUAAAACAUUUUGGGUUGUCUACUUAGGGGCCCAAAAGUCAAAAGCAAAUCCCAAACUCUGCUAACCUAUCAA